GAGAAGUAAGCCCCAGACAGCUUUUACACGCCAUUGAUUUGGUUUUUGACUGAAACAGAGAGUGAGUCCUUUGCACGCUCGUCUUCGGCGCUCCCCCUUUUUUUUCCCUCAAGCGACUUUCUCAUCUUGGAAUCAAUCACUUCCAGCCUACAUCCGCCAGCAUGAAGGGUCCCCUGUUGUACGCCGUAAUUAUACUCAGGGCCCUGUUGUGUGGAGCUCAAAAUAACACGUCUACUGUGUCGACCGCGUUGGCCGCGACUCCACCGGAGGAAACUUCAUCAGCCGGCGCUAUUUCCCCGGUUCCGACAUCUCCAGCUGCCACCCCUCGGCUCACGUCGGCCGUCAGAAGCGCCUCGAAACGGAACCCUUUGCCGGACUCGACGCCGAGCGGCGCCGCCGCACCCGUCGGCGUGCUGGACAGGAGAGAACUCUUGAUGCUAACGGGAGGCCUGGUCUUGGUCUGUGUCAUUCUGCUGCUGUCCACUUUAAUGCUGAUCUGCAAAGUGUGCCAGAUGAGCAAACGCAACAAGAUGCUGGGCGGCGACGCUGCAAAACCAACCGCAUCGGACGGGAAAUACAAAGGUAACGCGGAGACGGAAGCCCAAGAGACUAGUAUGCUACUGACAAACUUGAGUAAAACACAGGAAGAAGUGGACCGUAGUGACAACCCCAAAGAGGAAGGGCAGAAGGUACGUGAGAAUGGAGAGACGGGAGAAGGGAAGCAGGAGGCUGAAGAGAUUUGUAAAAGCCAAGAAGCUGCUGAUGUCACCCCAGUUGACGAUUCAUCCUUUGUGACGCAGCAAAAAGAUGUCGAUGGCCCCUCUGCCAACGCUGCAGCUGCCCCCUCCCCUGAUGCCACGGAGGAACCAAAAAAUUUGGUUUAGCGCUCUACGCGCGUGUGGGAUGGGAGGGAUGUUUCCUGUUCACCGCUUGCAUUUUUUUACAUUUGCAUUGGCUCUACACAGCUUCUACUUUACAGCAGAGUCCAAAGUCCAAGCGCUCAUUUUGUUUUCUUUUUUCUUUUUCUUUUUUUGCACCCCAAAACAUUCCAGCAACCCCCCAAAAAUGUUGGCCGUUCAGUGUUUGCAGAUUCACAUAAAGUAUUUGCUGAUUUUUAUUUGGGAAUUGUCUGCUGAAAACAAAACUAUUUGCUGCUUUUGUGCUCUGGCCAAAACAAUAAAAUUAUUAAUUUUGCAUGUCGGUAGGAAAUAUGUUGACAUGAGUUGAGGAGUUUCAUUUGGACAAACAGUGCCUUGCCGCCAUUUUGCGGCAUCUUGGUGUCAAGGAACUACGCUAAAGCGAGUUGAGGGGUUUCAUUUAGACAUAUCUAGUACCUUGGCGCCAUCUUGUGGCAUGUUGUCAUCAAGUAACUAUGUUAAAGUGAGUUUAGUAGUUUCAUUUGGUCAAUAAUAGAGCUUUUGCAGCUUCCUCCGAAAUCUUAGUGUGAUGAAACUAUGUUUAAAUGAGUUGAGGGGUUUCUUUUAGACAAAAAGUAGUGCUUUGGCACCAUCUUGUGACAUCUUGGUGUCUAUUAACUAUGUUGAAGUGAAUUGAGGAGUUUCAUUUCAACAAAAAUAGAGCUUUCACUUUAACGGAAUACUGCGAUGUUUUUUCAAAAACAACUAUAAUAUCGAAAAUAAAAACUAUAUGCUACAUAAUUGCUUGAGAAAUCGGUUUUAGCGUGAUCGAUGAAUUAAAUUUGAAGAAUGUCUAUGUGGGCUGUCGAUUUUUUUGUGUGCCGCCCUGAGAGGGAAACGUUCGGAAACCCACGCUUUACAGUAACAUGCGCAUAUGUCGCCAUAAUUAUAAUGUGGCAUCAUAACAAAGCUUUGCACAAUUUGUUUAUGACAUAAACAUGCUUAUUGUACGAAUGACCUGCAAAUGGCAAGCAAAUAAAGAUUGUAAGCGCCGUCGCGAAUGCAUUACCAGCAA